AUAACUUACAGUAAAAUAACAAAUGACAUUUGGGUCUUAUUAUCAUUUAAAAGCGGGAAAAGACAAUCCUUCAAUAGACAAUAAACUAGUAUGUCUUCAAAACGGUCUAAGAAUAAUUUAGAAAACAAAGUUGACCUGGAAUCCUCACUAACAUCCAAGAGUGAGGAAAAAAAAUUAAGACAGGUUCUGAUUUCAAAUAUGUUUUCUUCAAAAGUGGGGGAAAGUAGUAAAUGCGAAAUAAAACCAUCAACAACGAUGUCUUCUCGAAAAGAUAAUUUAAUGAUCAAGAGAACAAUUCUCGGUGUUGAAGUAGUACUGCCAAUAGAGCCAUACCGUUGCCAAAUGGUUGUUAUGUCAAAGGUUAUAAAAGCAAUAAAUGAGGGUCAGAAUUGCCUCUUGGAGAGUCCAACUGGCACCGGCAAAACUCUGGCCUUGCUAUGUUCUUCACUUGCCUGGCAAAAAAGGGAAGAAGAACGCAUUAGAAAAGAGAGAGCAAAAGACGUGUAUUUCAGAAAUCCUCAAUUAAAGGAUAUUCAGGGCGCUGAGGACUUCAUUUCCAGUGCCCGGAAGGACGUGAACACAUGUGAAGUAACAUUCACCAGACCUAUUCACGGACAAAAGAGCAUUUACGAUACACCAACUGUAGAUGUAGAAGACUGUUACGUCACACUUUCCAAAAAGAGAAAGGAAAUUCUAGAUGACUCUAUAGAAUCUGAUAGAAUAGUUGGAAAUGAAAAGAAAUUGAAACUAGAUGUAUCUGAAGCUGUGGUCGGUGUUGUAACUGAAUCACAUCGCGAGAAUCAAAUAACAGUAACCAAAGGCGUACAAAGUAAAAGUGAUAAUCAGGAGAUGCUAGACAACCUCCAAGUGCAGGUCUCGAUGAUGGUUGAUUGCAGUCUUCCCAUCAUAUACUACGGCGCCAGAACCCACAAACAACUGGAACAGGUGGUCCAAGAAUUCUCAAAGACUGUGUACGCUGAGAACGCAUUGAUGACUAUACUAUCGAGCAGAGAGCACAGCUGUAUCAAGGACUUUGAUAUCAAAAGAUGGCCGUCGAAGAACGACAUGUGUAGAGGCUGUACCAAGAACCAGAACAGCAGCGACAGCGAAACAAGCUGCGUUUACUACGACAAUCACAAAUUACUCAAGCACAGUACAUUGCCACGAGCAUUCAGUCUCGAGACUUUGCUUUCUGUGGGUAGAAAGAAAAAGGCAUGCCCGUACUACGCUGCAAGAAAAAUGGCUGCAGUAGCUCACAUCGUUUUCUGUCCUUAUAGCUACUUGAUUGAACCGGCCAUUAGAAAAAGUAUGCAAAUAAAUCUUGAAAAUAAUGUCGUCAUAAUAGACGAGGCUCAUAACAUAGAGGACAUAUGCCGUGAGGCAGCCACCUUCACAUUCACUAAAUUACAAAUGGAAAAUGCUCUUAAGGAGAUGAAAGCGGCAUCCAGCUUCCGUUUCGCCAACGACGAGGCCAUAGAUUACAUAACGUACUUACAAACAUCUCUAGAAGAAUGGUGUUUAUGGUUCGCGAAUCAGAAGCCGUUGUUGGACAACCAGCCCAGAAACGGGGCUGCGUCGGAGUACGCCUGGGACGUUCAUCAGUUCGUAGAAACCCUGAACAAUCACAGCAUAGGCCAAAAACAAUAUCCCGAAUUCAACAAACACGCUGGAAUAUUUUGCAAGAAGUUUCGUGAUGACCCUCGCCUUCUUGUUGGAAUCACCCAGAGCACUAACACAAUUAUAGAAAACUUGGACACAGUCCUCGGUUAUUUGUUCCGUAACUCGGGUACGUGCAUGGACGACUACAAACCCAUUUUGGUGCGCAAGAUAGAAUCAUACGACGCCAGCUACAACCACAAUUGGAGAAAAUCAAAUUUUGAACAGAAAGUUCUGCCUGAAUCGUUAUCACUGACGCUGUGCUGUUUGAACCCGGCGGUGUUGUUCGCGUCGGUGUUGUCGUCCCGCUGCGUCGUCCUCGCCUCCGGGACCCUCACACCCAUGGCCAGCCUGCACUCUGAGCUCGGCACCCACUUCACACACGCCGUGAGCGCGACUUAUGAAAUAUCCAAAGAUCGGGUGUGGGUGGGGUCACUCAAGUCGGGGACGUCGGGGGAGAAGAUAUGCUGCAUCAGUAAGUAUACGAGCGUGUCAAACGUACAGGACGACUUGGGUGAGAUGGUGUACGGCGUGUGUGACGUCACGCCUCACGGAGUACUUUGCUUUCUACCCUCCUACCGGCUCAUGAACCUGCUCGUUAAAAGAUGGCGUUACUCGCAUUUAUGGGAGAGAUUGGAGGCAAAAAAACACGUCUUCGUUGAGAGCACUCACAUGAAAACUCACGUAAACAUGAUGAAGGCAUUCGAUAAUUGCGUGGGAACAGAUCGAGGGGCGUUACUGCUGGCCGUGUACCGCGGGAAGGUAGCUGAGGGUAUGGACUUCAAAGACCACCAGGCUAGAGCUGUUAUAGCUAUAGGAAUUCCGUACCCCAGUAAAGACAGGGCUGUCGAAGAAAAAAUGAAGUACAACGAUAAAUAUUCGAAAAACAGGAAUCUGUUAAAUGGACGGGAAUGGUUGAAAAUACAAGCUUAUAGGGCGUUGAAUCAGGCUGUGGGCAGAGUUAUGCGUCAUGUUGGCGACUGGGGCGGAGUCCUACUGGUGGAUUCACGUUACCAAGAGCCGCAGUACAGUGAGCAUCUCGCACAGUGGGUCAAGGAUUUAUUGGGUAAAAACCACCACGACUUCAACUCGCUGUUCAAAAGCGACGCCGGUUUGAGAGCGUUCAUGGAAAGGAAGAAGAAUGAAGAAUGAAGUAAUAUGAAUGUUUUAAUUGAUUAUAGUUUUAAGUGUCCUUGUUUUGUGCUAUGUCUUUUACAAUGAAUUGAAUGUUAUAAAUUAAUAAAAUAUUUUUUUAAAUAA